UCUCCCGACCCUCCCCCCCUCGCCUGGACGGUGGCCGGUGCGUCAGACAGCUGGGCUCCGGACCAGGCCGAGGCGCGUGCCGAGGCGGCGGGAGCUCUCCGGCAGAGGAUGUGCGCAGAGCGAGGAUGGAGGAGGAGGAGACGGAUGAUGGGAAGCGAUCUGGGGAUAGAGAGAGGGCACUUCCGAGAGCGGUCAGCAGCCCGACACGUGACUUCUGACGCGAGGCAGCGUGGCACCAUACGUGGGCUGGGGCGUUCAGAGUCUGGAGCUCUGCCCGUCUGCAGCGGGCCGGAGAGAACAGAGAAGCGGAGGGUGGCGCCCCUCCCCUCAUCUCCCCAGUCCCCUCUCGGCUGCACGGCGAACUCACUCCAGCGCCAGCAGUGGGGGGAGGGAGAGGGGCCAGAAGUAGGCAGGAGAGGAAGAGAGAACAUCAAACGCGCUGAUUAAAAUGUAUACUUUCGUGCAGCUCACGCGUGGCUGGGAGUUCAUGCUGGAGCCGCCCAUCUGCCACAAGAUUGGAGUCGCAUGUGUGCGACCCAAUUUUGAAGAAGGAGACGCUAAGCAAUACCCAAAUAUUACGCGGAUUGGAUUCUACGUGAAGAGAUGGGAGACCAUGAGAAGGGGUGCAAAAUCAGCCUAUAGGUGCGCGCACCGUGGCUGUGUACACAGCGACAGAAAUUCUUUUCGAACUUCUUCGACGGCAGACCCUGGACAGCAUGAGAUGAAUAUUCAGGUACUGACCCAAAAAAACGGCGGCUGCAUCGAUGCUCCACACUUGAAGGAACUGUUCCCUCAACGGAAGUCACUCUUACAAACAUAGUGCACCACUGCUCCGCAAUGAGGAGGCACACAUGGCGUGCGCCCUCAAGGUAAAAUGCGACUCCGAGAGCCUCUUCCACCAGAACAACCGCACAGAAUACUUCCCCCAUCGCUUGACCAUACGAAGAGGGCGUUUGAACACGCCGAACAAGGACACGAUAUUCGAGGGUGUGGCACACAUGUGACUCGCUAGGGUCCGCAAGUCGCGACCAGCACGCAAAUUAUGCUCAAACCACUGUUGGAAAGGAAGGGGGAGAGAGAGAGGGAGCAGGACAAGCGAGACGGGGAGAUCAAGUCGACCUGGAGUCCGGAGUCAGAGUCACAGGCUGAACGUACACGGCGGAGGGACCAGCACCCUGCCCCACCUGCUCAUGAACACCUGGGUGUCCUCUGGGAUCUUCGUCUGACUCGCGGAGAUCUCAUUCGUCCAGGCCACCACGACCUCCUUGGAGCUGGUGCGGGAGCCGAACCGCAUGCCGUCUGUGGCACAUUGGAAGAGCAAGGCCUGGCGGGGGUCCGUGAACGUCACAAAGACGAAGCCCUUGUUCCGCUUGUCGGUCGCCUUCAUCGGCAUGAAGAGGCGGUCGAAGUGCCCCUGGAACCCCGAGUCGUGGAUGAGCUCGAGGACGUCUGCGAGUACACCGACACGGGACGUUCAUCAGCGUGAGGCCCACCGUGCCGGCGCCCCCGUGGGGCUCUGCCUGGAGGUCGUCGCCCGAGGAGGGCGGGUCUUCUGGCACCGCGGCAGCGCCGCAGGGCGCGCCCCACUUGCACGCGAGGUCCAGCACGGACAUGCUUUCGCGCAACGGCGCGGGCGAGUCGGCCCCCCUGCCGGGGCUCCUCGGCGGACGAGCCGCGUGUCCGACCGUGCGAGCGGUAAACCGGCCGGGUCUCGCUCGAACCGGGGCUCGAGCCAGAAGGAACACAGUGAGCCCGUACAGUAAGGAUGCGUGAUAAGGAUGCAAGUGCCU